AUGAAGAUGAAACAAACAACAACAACAACAAUUAAAAUGAAUAAAGAUAUUUUAAGAAUUGGAAGUGGUGCAGGAUAUCAAGGAGAUAGGGUACCACCAGCGGUUCAAUUAGUUGAAAAGGGUAAAUUAGAUUAUUUAGUAUUAGAGUGUUUAGCAGAGAGAACCUUGACAGAUAGCAUAAGAAGAAUGAAAAACAAUGGUAAAGGUUACGAUCCACGUUUAAAAGAGUGGUUAACAUCAUUAUUACCACCUGCAAAGAAAAGAAAUGUUACAAUCAUCACUAAUAUGGGUGCAGCCGAUCCAAAAGGUGCAGGUGAAGAAGCAUUUGAAAUUGCAAAAUCUUUAGGUUUAAAUCAUAUUAAAAUAGUUGUAAUUAGUGAAAAUAUACAUAAUAAUGAUAAUAAUCAAAAUAAUAGUAAUAAUAAUAAUAAUAAUAAUAAAAAAUAUAAUAUAAAAUUAUCAAGUACAAAUGGGUUUGCAGUUGAUGGUGGAUUAGAUUCAGAUCAACAUUCAAUUGAAGAGAAUUGGGAAGUUGGUUGUACAUAUUUAGGUGCCGAUGCUAUAAUUGAUGCUUUAAAAUUAAAUCCUGAUUUAGUUAUUGCAGGUAGAGUUGCAGAUCCAUCAUUAUUUGUAGCACCAAUUGCAUUUACAUUUGGAUGGGAUUUAAAGAAUGAUAUGAAUUUAAUAGCACAAGCAACAUUGGCAGGUCAUUUAUUGGAAUGUGCAUGUCAUUUAACAGGUGGUUAUUUUGCUCAUCCAUUGGGAAGAGAUAUGAAAUUUGAAGAUUUAUUAAACCUUUCUUUACCAUUUUGUGAUAUCGAUUGUAAUGGUCGUAUCAUAUUGGGUAAAGUUGAAGGUAGUGGUGGUGAAUUAUCUGAAAGAACUUGUAAACAACAAUUAACUUAUGAAAUUGGUAAUCCAAAAGAAUAUAUAACUCCAGAUGCAAUUGUAGAUUUUAGUAAAGUUGAAUUUAUACCAAUUUCAGAGAAUUCAGUGAUUGCAAGAGGAGCAAUUGGUACCCAAAGACCAAAAACAUUAUUAAGAUUAGUUGCAAGGAAUGCAGGAUUUAAAGCAUGGGCAGAAGUUAGUUAUGGUGGAUUAGGUUGUGUAGAGAGAGCUUAUUGGGCAAAUAAAUUAAUAUAUCAUUGGAUGGAAUCUAGGAAAAAAGGUAUAAUGAAUGAUGUUUUUAGUUAUUUACUUGGUUAUAAUAGUUUAUAUUUUCCACAUGGUUCAAACUUUUCUUAUCCACCAAUUUCAAUUGAAAAAUUAUUAAAUAAUAAUAAUAGUAAUAAUGAUAAUAAUAAUAAUAAUAAUGAUAAUAAUAAUAAUAAUAAUAAUAGUAAUAAUAACGAUAUAAAUAUUAAAAAUUUUCAACAAUUUAAUAAUCAAUAUCCACCAGAAGUAAGAUUAAGAUUAGAUGGAUUAUUUCAAAAUAAAGAGGAUGCCGAAGCAUUAGGUAUGGAAUUACAAGGUUUAGGUUUAUGUGGUCCUGCUGGUGGUGGUGGUUUCGCAUUUGGUAUUAAAAAAGAUGUUAGAUUAGUUAAACAAUUAAUACCAAGAGAAAAAAUAAAUUGGAAUACAUUUAUAUUUCAAAAUAAUAAUAAUAAUAAUAAUAAUAAUAAUAAUAAUAAUAAUAAUAAUAAUAAUAAUUUAAAUAGUAUAAAUAAUGGGUAUAAAAUAAUAAACAAUAAUAAUAAUAAUGAUUUAGAUAUAUUUAUAAAUGAAUUUAAAACAAUUAAAAAUCAAAAUAUAAUAACGUAUAGUAAAGGUUUUAGAUUUAAUAGGUGUAAUAAAAACAAUAAUAAUAAUAGUAGUAAUAGUAAUAAUAAUAAUAAUAAUAAUAGUAAUAAUAAUGGUAAAGUUUUAUUAUAUAAUAUUUGUCAUUCAAGAAGUGGAGAUAAAGGAGAUACUACCAAUGUUAGUUUGAUUCCAUAUGAUAUAAAAGAUUUCGAUCGAAUUAAAAAGGUAGUUACAAAAGAAUGGGUUUCAAAGAUUUAUGGAAAUCUUUUAAGAGGCGAGCCCGAUAUUUCAAUUUAUAGUCUUCCUGGUAUCUCUUCAUUAAAUAUAGUUUUAAAUAAUGCUUUAGAUGGUGGUGUUUGUGUUAGUAGAAGAAUAGAUCGUCAUGGUAAAACUUUGAGUGAUUUAAUUUUAAAUCAAUGGGUUGAUUUACCAAAAUUAUCAAAUUUGUAA